GUAUGAUUACAAGAGCUUACUUUAGUGACAACGUAAACAUGAUAUAGUUUUAUUUUAAAUUCGAAUAAUAGGUAUAUCAAAGGGCAAAUCACAAUGACAUCUAGGAUGCAAGUGUUGUGUUUCGUUACAAUAAUAGUAAUUCAAAUUAUACAAUGUACUUGUACAUUUGAUUUAAGUUCAUCUAACAAAGAUGUUGUUUGGACAGUGGAGAAUGAGAACAAAUCGAUCACAGUGCCAGGCACAGUUCCCGGGGGCAUUUAUACUGACCUCCAGAAUGCCAAUAUUAUUACCGACGUUUUAGAAGGGUUUAAUGAUGUCCUGACGCGAUGGGUGGCUUAUGAUUCUUGGACUUACACAAGCAAAUUUAAACUGAAACCGAAACAUUUGAAAUAUGCAAUUUCUAACUUGGUCCUCGAAGGCGUGGAUACUGUCGCUUUCUUGGAAUUUAACGGUAACCCAAUUGGCUGGACUAAUAACAUGUUCGUAAGAUAUGUUUUCGACAUCCGACAAUACCUCAAGGUUGGUGAAAACGAAUUGGUACUAAAUUUUGUUUCACCUGUGGAAGCUGCGAAGGCGCGAUCUGAUAAGCACUUCACAGCUCCAAAUUGUGUUCCUUCAGUGUACAACGGCGAAUGUCACGUGAACCAGCUCAGGAAGAUGCAAGCAUCUUUUAGUUGGGAUUGGGGCCCGGCGUUCCCUUCUGUUGGAUUAUGGAAAAAUGCGUCAAUCGAAUUUCACAACGGAGCUCUGAUACGGAACGUCAGAACAUUUACGGAGAAGUCUGAAUCGCAUUGGUCUCUCAGAAUAAUUGCCAGUUUGGAAAGUGGAUUGCCACGUUCAGAAAUUAAAGGUUAUUUGAGUGCAACUCUGUCUGUUAAUGCACAUCAAUCGCUGACUGUGGGCAGGAUGUUGGAUGUACAAGCUGGAGAGGAUGGCGCAGCUGAAGCAAAGAUUAAUAUGACGAUAAGUGCGAAUGUAGUGUCGUUAUGGUGGCCCAAUGGUUUCGGAGAGCAGCCGUUGUACGAUUUGAAUAUAUUUUUUUCAAAUGAUGCAGAAAAUGGAGAAAUGUCACAUAAGCUCUUGAAGAUUGGUUUUCGUACUAUUGAGUUGGUCGAAAAUGACGCCUAUACUAUUUUUGGUAACAAGACAGCAGGCCAAGGAUUAACAUUCUAUUUUAAAGUGAAUGGAUAUCCUAUAUUUAUGAAAGGUUCUAAUUGGAUACCGGCAAAUAUUCUACCGGAACUUGGUUCUGAUAAAAAUACUGUUGACAAUUUGCUGUUGGCGGCGCGGGAUGCUCACAUGGCCAUGCUUCGUGUGUGGGGCGGCGGGGUGUACGAGUCAGACUACUUCUACCAAAAAUGUGACGAACUUGGCAUACUAAUUUGGCAAGAUUUUCUUUUCGCCUGCUCCAUGUACCCAGCAGAUAAGGAUUUUCUAGAAAGCGUAAAGACAGAAGUAGAGCAACAAGUGAAACGUCUUCAAUAUCACCCAUCCAUUGCAGUUUGGGCUGGAAAUAACGAAAACGAAGUAGCCCUGAGAGGCAACUGGUACAUGACGCAAACGCAAUUCGAAAGAUAUAAACAGGAAUAUGUCAAGUUAUAUGUCGAUACCAUUAAACCAAUUGUUGAGAGUUAUGAUCCCAGUCGACGUUAUCUAGUUUCAAGUCCGUCGAAUGGAAAAAAAUCUGAAGAAGACGGUUACAUAGCCCAAAACCCAUAUGAUCCUCACUAUGGUGAUACGCAUUAUUACAACUAUUUAGCUGAUAACUGGGAUGCCAAUAUCUAUCCUCAGACAAGAUUCGCCUCUGAGUAUGGAUUCCAGUCCUUCCCAUCCUUAAAAACAAUGCGAACUGCCACCAAUAAUACCGAAGAUUUCAGUUUAUACAGCAAAUACUCUAAACACAGACAACACAGCCCUAAUGGCAACACUAACAUACGGAUUCAAAUAAAAAAGCAUCUUAAAUUAGAUAGUGAUGAUAAAAAAUAUUUUGAAAAGUUCGUUUUCUAUAGUCAGAUAACUCAGGCUAUGGCAAUGAAAACAGAAACUGAAUUCUACCGGCAAAGUCAAGCAGAUUGGUACACGAUGGGUGCUCUGUAUUGGCAAUUAAAUGAUGUAUGGCAAGCACCCUCUUGGUCAGGGAUUGAAUAUGGCGGGAAGUGGAAAAUGUUGCAUUAUUUUGCGAAGAGAUUCUUCGCACCCGUCCUCAUAUCUCCACGUUUGACUCUAACUGGCGAUGUUGACGUGUAUCUGAUAAACGAUAGAUUUGUUCCAAUUAUCGACGCAAAUAUAAUUGUGGAUGUAUUUAACUGGACUAGCUUAACUCCAGUUUCGACGAAGUCUUAUCCAGCAAAUGUCAACCCAUUGAGUAGUAAGAAACAAGGCAGUAUUGUUAUAUGGGAUAAAGAUAAGAAAGAUGAACUGUUUUUAAGGUUUUCGCUUGAGUAUGACUGCGUUAAAUCGUCUCCAGAGAAUUACAUUUUCCCGGUUGCUUUGAAAUCAGUGAAAGGAUUGGGAAAACCAAAUAUUCAGAUACAUGUAACAAAAUCGAGUAAAGAUCUCAACAACGAGAUGCUUUAUGAAGUAACUAUAACAACGGACUCUGUGAUAUUGUUUUUGUGGUUGGAAUCGGAUAUACAUGGGCAUUUCAUCGAUAACGGCCUUAUCGUGGCGCAGCCAUCUACUCAAGUUGACUUCUUAGCAAAAGUAUCUACAAAUGCAGAAGAAAUAAAACGGGGAAUCACGUACCAGUACUAUAUAAAUACAUAAAACGUUAAGGUUACAAUGUAUCGUGUACAUAUAAGUUGUAAAAAUGUUCAAAGUAUUUAAGUGUGUUUAAUUACCAUUAAACAAAGUAUAUACAUAAA